GGAGCCGGGAAGUGUGGGCCGCGCCUGCGCAUUGUACUCUCGGAGUCUGUCGGUGGCUGGACUUGCAGAAGUGAAGAAGAGUUGAGGAAGGGGGAUAGAGGAGCGCUGGGCAGGACUCGUAUCUAAUGCCACCAACACAGAUACGGCGCCUCUCCACACCUCCGAUACACCCCGCUAGAAGCCCGCCGCCCCCCAUCUACUGACCGGAGCCCGACCUUCCCCGCUCCACACCUCCUAUACGGAUUAUUUCUUUUUGCUUUAAAAGCGCUGUUGGCCUGGAAGGCGAGGAGGAGGAAAGAAGAAAGAUAUUAAAUAUUUAUCAAGUUUUUCUAAGCUGGAGGAAAAGAUGAACAGCAACAUCAUGUAUGCGAGCAGGAAGAGGAGAAAACCCGUCCAGAAGGCGGCCAAGCCAACACCGCCUGAUGGAGUCAAGUCAAACCCGUCAAAGAGGCACAGGGACCGUCUCAAUACCGAACUUGACAGAUUAGCCAGCCUCUUACCCUUCCCCCAGGAGAUCAUAACUAAACUUGAUAAACUCUCUGUGCUCAGGCUAAGUGUCAGUUUUCUCAGGGCCAAGGGCUUUUUUGAAGUUGCACUACAAGGUUCUAAGACAGAUGGCAAUGGAAUCAGUGACAAUCGGAGAGCCAUUAAACCAGGAGAAGAUCUGCGUUCGUUUGAAGGAGAACUUUUGUUACAAGCACUCAAUGGAUUUGUCUUGGUGGUUACUGCAGAUGGCCUUGUCUUCUUCGCCUCAUCCACCGUUCAGGAUUAUCUUGGGUUUCAGCAAUCUGAUGUAAUUCACCAAAGUGUUUUUGAGCUGAUUCACACAGAAGAUCGAGGCGAAUUUCAGCGUCAGCUGCACUGGGCGUUGGACCCUGUUCUACCUUCAGCAGAUGCCCAGAGAUCACCAGGUGACAAUGGGUUCACAAUGAUGACGAACUUGUAUAAUCCUGACCAGCUUCCACCUGAGAAUUCAUCCUUCAUGGAAAGGAACUUUGUCUGCAGGCUAAGAUGUCUUUUAGAUAAUUCCUCUGGAUUUUUGGCUAUGAAUUUUCAAGGACGUCUGAAGUAUCUCCAUGGACAAAACAAGAGAGGGAAAGAUGGAGCGCAAGUACCCCCUCAGCUUGCACUCUUUACCCUGGCUACACCGCUGCAAUCACCUUCCAUAUUGGAGAUCCGAACCAAAAACUUUAUCUUCAGAACAAAGCACAGACUAGACUUCACCCCAAUAGGGUGUGAUGCAAAAGGAAGUGUGGUGCUGGGAUACACAGAAUCAGAGCUGUGUGUUAGAGGAACUGGAUAUCAGUUUAUCCAUGCUGCAGAUAUGCUGUAUUGUGCAGAGAAUCAUGUCCGAAUGAUCAAGACUGGAGAAAGUGGUAUGACUGUGUUCAGACUUCUCGGAAAAAAUAACAUAUGGAUCUGGGUACAAGCAAAUGCACGUCUCGUUUAUAAAAAUGGGCGACCAGAUUACAUCAUUGCAACACAAAGACCUCUUACGGAGGAAGAAGGAGCAGAGCACUUAAGAAAGCGAAGCACACAGCUGCCUUUCAUUUUUGCGACUGGUGAGGCAGUGUUAUACGAGUCCUCAUUUCCCUUUCCAGGCCUAAUGGGCCCCUCACAAAAUAAACCUAAAAGUUCUUCAAGUAAAGGCUCCUCUGCCAAAGCAACAGCAAAUGAGGCACCUGUCAAUCCUGCCUCCCUUCUGGGUGCCAUGCUGAGACAACAGGAUGAGCCUCUGUACAUUUGUCCUCCAGCUCCAAACACCUUCUCUUUUGAUAAUGUUUUCAAAGAUAGCAGAAAUGAACUGAGCAACAGCUUUCCCAGUGCUUGUCAGGACUCUCGGAUACCUGCUACAAACAACAAUAUAAAGCAAGGGGAAGCAGCCUUUUUCCAGGGAAAGGGUACAGUGUUGUUGUCAGACCGUGCAGAAGGCUUCUCUGAGGGCAAAAACGGUGAGCUUUACAACAUUAUGAGAAGCUUUGGGAUUGAUUUUGAGGACCUUGAGAUGAUACAGCAAGAUGAAGAGUUUUUCAGAAAUGAAUUUGAUUAUCCAGAUAUUGGGGAAAUCGAUGUGGCGGAUGAAAUUUUAAAUUAUGUUCAGGAUUCUCUAAACAGGAAAUCGGAUUGCAUGUUUAUGAACUCUGUUCAGCAAAUACCUUGCAUACAGGACCCCAGCAAUGUAGUACAAAGCAGCUUAAACACAGCACAAAUGCGUCCACAACAGCCCAACCAUAUGAUCCCACAGCAGCUGUGUCAAAAAAUGAAACACAUGCAAGUCAAUGGUGUUCUAACGAAUUGGAAUUCUGUAAGUGGUGUCCCUUUAACGUAUCGGGGUCAACCAGCUGAGCAAUAUGUUCCUAGCCUCAACAGUGUAGCCCCAGACUAUUAUAAAUCAGAACUCACAAGUACUCCAUUUGCUUGCAAACAGGAAUAUAUGCCUUAUCAGGAGACAAUACCCUCAGUGCCACUGCCAUCGAGCAUUACACAGAUGGACUUUGAUCUUGGAAAUGUGGAACAGCCAGUGUAUUCUGCGCCCACAAACUUGGAUGGUCUUUUGGAAUGUUUAUCACAGGCUCCUGAAAUGCAAGACUGUGGUGUAAAUGCACGGACAGUAAUAAUGAAUGCCCAGCCUUGUUACUCUGGUGCUGUAUCCAUGUAUCAGUGCCUCCAGGAACCCCAGCCAUCUUGUAUGAAUCAGAUGCAAUAUAAUGCCACCAUGCCAGCACAGCAGCAGUUAAUAAAUAAACAGUUCCAAAAUGGUUUUGUCGGAGGUAACCUGAAUGAAACCUAUACAGCACCAAUUGAAAUGGUAAACAGCACCCAAACCGCGCCACAUUUACCAUCGCAUCAUCUUCCUGCAAGCUCCAAGCUUUUUCCAGACAUGCCGUCAAGUGGAUUAAUGUGAGGAGAACCACCUUUGUGCGCACCAUAAAACUUGCCACACUCACUGCAGUCUGAUUAUACAACUUCCUUUAGAUCUACCAAUAGCUAUGUAGUUCAUGGUUCUUCCUGAUUGGAUACAUAUUGUUUGGGUAGGUCCUCGUAUUACAUAGUUUUGGUAUAUCUAAAGUUGAUUGUACAAAGUUUGUAUGGUCAGAUUGUAACGUGUAUAGUAAACUUAAGGUGUGCUUCUGUUGGCCUCAAUAAAAGAAGACUUAAUGCUGAACAUGCUUUAAAAGCCACAUUACAUCAUAAAGCGUUUAUUUGGGCUAUUUGCACUUUGUAGGCCUCCAGUGGCUUACACAUUGGACAGGGCUGGCCAGGCCAUACAUGGAAGUAGAAAGAGCAUAUUAUGGAAUUAAGCAGAAUGGCUCUGCUUUUCCCAUGAUUUAAAAAUCAUAUUAUUUUUAGUGAAAUUUUAAGUCAUCUUAUUUUUGCUAUCCAGUUCUAGAAUAUAUAACAUCAUAAGCAACAAGAUAAGGCAAAAUUGUAUUUACCUCUCCACUGCUGUACAAUCAAAAUGUUUCUUAAUAGAGCACUUAAACCCUUUGAGUACUAUGGCAUGAUAUAUACCGGUAGUUUUAUAUACAUUUUGCUUACCUUUAUAAUUUUAUGACUUCUGCAAAGAAAACAUGUGUAACAGAAGCACUUAAAAUGGCAGUUCUAUUCUCUAUAUAAGGUUUAUUGAUGAACCUUAGGUUCUAAUUUUUUCAUGUCUGUGUGCAUAUUUUUCCUCACACAUGACCACGGAUGUGGAUUUAGAGCUUACGCUUAUAAAUGUGUACCUACAUCUGAAUGCCCAUGGGCCACUGAAAAUGUAAAUGUAACCCAUAAAAAACAGAACUGAUUUUAUAAUCCCUUUAGGAUAUUCAUUUACAAAAUAAUUCUGCAAAAUUAAGAUAAUUCCAUAAUAGGAUUUGGUUAGACAGAACACCAAUUUCUUCAUGAGAACUUGGCCAGCAUUAAAACCGUACCAUCAUGCCUUAUGCUGCUAUUCAGUCAAUGAUCAAAGUCUACCAGAGCCUGAGUGAAUUCAUGGAGAAAUCUGACGGUGCUCUUUUAUCCUCACAUAAUGCUUAAUUUAGAUUUAAACUCUGACAUUGGUCAAAUAUACAGAGGUGGCUCAUUACUGUUCAGUAUCGGCCAGGACAAGAACACUAAAAUGGCUGCUUGACUUAUCAAAUCCCAGGUCAUCCCUCCUUCGGGAAAAGGCAGAGCUUUGUAUAUGCUGCAAAUUGAAGGGCCUGCACUUAUUUCACUGAUUUCUUAUCUAGAAGCAGUCUUCGCUGUCUGAACACAAACAUUGAGCAUAUGCAAUGCCCUCUUUAAAGUUUAAAAUCCUCUUUUAAUUUAUUAGUUCCUAGUUUUUAAUGGUUUACUUUUUAGACCAAAGUAAAUCAACAGUUUGGUUGCAUAUUUUUUGUUUUGGCCAAGGGACAGGUUCUACUACAUGUGGUUGCUAGAUAGAUCCUGGCAAUUCUCAGGCUGGAUCACACUGUUGGUCUCACCGGUUUGUUUAGAACGAUUGAUUAGUGGCAGUAAUAUACAAUUUAUAAUAAUAUUACCUUCCAUUGUUCAUGUUCACAAGCCUGUUUAAUACCCAUUGAAAUAUGUAAGAACAACCUUUACUGUUAAAGACUACAUGCUUAUUCGUAUAUAGUAUUGCAGCACAUGUGGUUUGUAUUAGCUUGAGAUUUACAGAAUUUUUGAUACAUAGACAUUAAAGAGGAAGUAAACCCUCUCAAAUAAAAAAA